GUAAAAUUAUAAAAGUGGAUUAUAUUUUAAUUUUUUUUACAUUUAUCUUACUUACAUUUAUAGUUGAAAACUUUUUGUAGCUAAAACAUUUCGAAUGCGUUAAACAUGAAACUUAUUUUUUCUACGUUGGCAUUUAUAUUGCUGGUUGCAACAUGCAUUCAAGCUAAUUACAGGUUUCAAAAUAACGAAUAUCAAAAUGGAAUCGAUGAUCCGAUUGAUAGCAACGUUUUGAUAGAGCGUGGUUAUAAUCAACAACCGCCUACGCGUUAUUAUGAAAAAGAAAAAAACUUACCGCGUUUUGUAAAUUACCAAAAUUCAUAUGAUUUCAUCAGAAACUUUAAAGGCGCUCGUAGAGAACUUAAUAACCCGUACAAUUGGAAUCAUCCUUAUGAAUCAAAAAGAGAAUUAAUUAGAAAUAAUAAUUUCAUUAAAAUAGAAGACCCACAGAAAUAUGCAUUACAAAAAAAAAACAUAAAUUACCCUGAAAGAAACUUAUUUGUUUCACAAGAAAAUUAUGAUGGCAAAACAGGAAUUUCCUAUAACAACGGGAUAGAUGACGAUCAUAACAUAGAUAACUCUCUAAUGGACAUUAACUAUAAUAGUCAAAAAAAAAUUUUGGAUAGAAACUUUUUAGUAAAAAAAAAUCUAUUAGAAGAAGAAUUUGCCUUUGAUAAUGAGGAUAUGUCUAACAAAUUAAAAAGAGAAAAAGAAAAUCCUGUACCGCAAAACUUUGAUUAUCAAAAAGUCAAUUUCGUAAACGGCGAGGAAAAUGCGCAGAACCAAGAUAACGGCGAAAAGAAAGAAAAACCUUUUGAAAAAGAUUUAGCGUCUAAUAAAUUAACUAAAGAAAGCCUGACAACUCUUAAAUUAUCAGAAAAAAAAGAAGAAAACAGCAAACUUGCCGAAAACGAUUCCGAACCUAGUAAGCUUGUCGAAAACAAUCCGAAAUCUAGUACGGUAGCUGAAAAAGACCUGACAGCUGGUAAACUAGAUAAAAAUGAUUUGCCAACUAGUAAGUUAUCUGAAAAAGAUACAGCGCCUAAUAAACUAGCUGAAAUAGAUUUGCUCAACGGCAAACUAGAUUCGCCAUUACAAAAAGGUUCUGAGAACAAUCAAAGUGAAAUUAUAACCAAAGAAUCGAUUGUAAAUCAAAUUCCAGAAAAUCAAGAAACUUCGUCAACAGUCAAAAACGUUGAUCAGUUAAAAGAUAUAAUAUUUCAAGAUUUUAUUAAAGCCGUUAUGAAUAGAGCUGAUGAAAUUGUUAAACCUGUAGUCACCGACAAUUUAAUUGAUAAAGUUCGUGACUAUGUCAGAAUAAAAAGCAAAGAAGAUAAUGGAGAAAAAAAAAAUGUAUUAUCGACAAAUGAUUUUCUUAAUGGUGAAAACAAUAUUAUUGUACCAAAAAAUGAACUGGUAGAUGAAGAGAAGAAAAAAGAAAUAAUCAAAAAUGAAGAAGAAAAAAACGAACUCCCAAAUAAUGAUUUGCUAAAAAAUAAAGACAAAAGUGUUCAAAAUCAAGAAAAUUCUUUUAAAUCCGAAAAAAAUGAUUUUAAAAAAACCAGUAACAAGUUUGAAAACUUAUUUUACGAUUCACCAAAAAAAUUCUAUCCCGAUCGUGUGAGUGACACAGAAGAAAUUGAAACUCAACGUAACAAUGACGAACUAGAAAUUGGAACAGAGUUUGAACCUUACACACCAAAAAAAAAGGUUUUAAACGAUUUAUAUAUGAGAAGUAAUGGACGUGAUGAGAUGAAAAGAGAAGAAAGCGACGUCGUUCAGCAACAAUUUAUGGGCGUUCCAAGAUAUCGUCAAAAAAAUUUUUUUAGAGGGUUUUGAGUUUCAAGCAUUGCAAGAAAAAACAAUAACAAUAUAAAGUAAAAAGUUUCUGCUUCAGCAUUAAAAAUAAACUUUCAUUUAUUUAA